AUGGCGAGAGAGCUGGGAGGUGCACUCGAGACGUUGUCGAAUGACGAGCAUUGUUCUGAUCUUCGGCUGUGUAUAAAACGAGCGAGAAAUCAAUGGUGCUUGUUGUCUGUCUUCCUGACAACGGUGCGCUCCUUCGCUGUCAUCGCUACCUUCCUCCUGGUCGCUCAGGCGCAGGCCUUCGACGCCAAAGAGAUCGCUGAGCUCACGCCCGACGUGUCGCAAGCGGUGACCAACCAGAGCGAGUUCGAGUGCGGAGUCGCCCCGGUCUUCCCCCGGCUGAGGAUUAUCGUUGGGGAAAUUUCACGGAAAGGCAAAUGGCCUUGGCAGGUGGCGCUGCUGAACAAGAAUGGAGAAGCCGUUUGCGGUGGGACGAUUCUCGCUCCCGGUUGGAUUCUUACAGCUGCUCAUUGCCUCCGAGGAAAGUUGUUCGUCCUGGCCGGAGAACAUAACUUGAGACGCAGGAAACCGUUUGGUGAGAUUCGCGUCGCUGGUAAAUUCGUGCAUCCGGAACACGACACCGAGACCGUUGACAACGACUUCGCCCUGCUCAAAUUGGAGACUCCCCUAGUGUACGACGAGAACAUCAGACCCGCAUGUCUACCGGAACGAUCGCUCGAAAUCGGAGAAAUGGGUACGAUUCUCGGUUGCGGCAAGACCCGCGAAGGCGUCGCCAACGGAUCCGAUGCUCUGCGAGAAGCAGAAGUGCCAGUCGCACCGCAUAAUCAGUGUCGUCGUUUGUAUAAGGAGUACCUCAUCAGUGACAACAUGAUUUGUGCCGGAUACAAGAAAGGCCGCAUCGACGCCUGUGUGGGCGACUCCGGAGGCCCGCUGCUGGCGCAGGAUAAAAAUACGAAAAAAUGGAGCGUCUACGGCAUCACCUCGUUUGGGGAGGGUUGCGGCCAGAGACCGGGAGUUUAUGCGGAAGUUGAGCGAGCGCUCAAAUGGAUCCGGACGACGAUCGAGACAAUGUAA